AUGGAGGUGGACUCAGAGAACAAUCUCCAAAGAAAACAAUCAUUCUACCAAUCCACGGAUGAGAGCUUUGAGAUACAGAAGGAGAUGUAUAGGGGUCAACAGUACAGCCAGAUAUACUUUGCUCGACUUCACUUGAUGAGAACUCUACUAUACUCUCUCCUUCCUCAUUGGAAACCCCAUGUGCCUGUCUGCACAGUUCUUGGACUGGAAGAAAGCAAGGAAUGCAUUAUUGUCGGAACCCUCUACAAGCACAUGAAGCUUAAACCUUCCAUUCUUGAUGAAUACUCUAAGGAGAGAUCUUCAACUCCGCUUGUAAAACCUCAUAAUUUUGUGCACGCGGAUGAUCAAUUGGUUUUGGAAGAUGAGAGUGGACGAGUUAAACUCCGUGGCGCUAUGCUUAUAUCUUCUGUAUAUGUAACAGGGAUUGUGGUUGCGUUGCAUGCAAAGGAAACUGUUGGUGGUGAUUUUAUGGUCGAAGAUGUCCUAGAAGCUGGCCUACCUCAUCAGGAAGAGCUGCCCCGUAAUUCAGGAGAAGACAAAUAUGUUGUUUUUGUAUCAGGGUUGAGUGUUGGGAGCAGCUCUUCUGACCCUCUCCAAUUUCAGCUUCUUGUAGAUCACAUAACAGGACAUCUGGGAGAUGAGAAGGAACAAAGUGUUGCAGCUCAAAUAGUUCAAGUCGUAAUUGCUGGGAAUUCUGUUGAAGUUCCUCGUGGACUUCUUAAUGGUCAGAAUUUGGCUUCAAAGGAUCAGUCUAGACUGUCUGAACCAAUUAAAGAGCUGGAUAUCUUGUUAGCUCAGAUUGCUGCAAGUGUACCCGUGGAUAUCAUGCCAGGACCCAAGGACCCGGCAAAUUUCUCCUUGCCACAGCAGCCUUUGCAUAGAUGCCUAUUCCCUGGGUCAGCAGCUUAUAACAUUUUUAGGUCUUGCACUAAUCCUCACUCCUUUGAGCUUGAUGAUGUCAGAUUUCUUGGGACAUCAGGUCAGAACAUUGAUGACCUUGAGAAGUAUUCAGAAGCAAAUGAUAAGCUUGAAUUUUUGGAAAGGACAUUGAGAUGGAGGCAUCUAGCACCAACAGCACCAAAUACCCUCGGAUGUUAUCCUUUCACUGAUAAGGAUCCUUUCUUCAUUGAGAUCUGUCCUCAUGUUUAUUUUGUUGGUAAUCAGGACAAAUAUGAGACUCGCUUAAUAAAAGGAUCAGAGGGCCAACUAGUAAGGCUCAUUUGCAUUCCAAGAUUUGGUGAGACAGGAGUUGCUGUGGUGUUGAAUACAAGAAAUCUUGAAUGCCAUGCGCUCAGUUUUGGAACUCAAUUUGGCACAUAACUACAAGCCAUCUUUGUGGGGAUUCACUCGGAGGAAGCCGGAGAGAUGCAACUUCCGGUGGAUGGCUGCCAAUGCCCUUUCAAUUCCAGGGCUAUUUAUACGAAUGGCUUCAAUUUUCAUGGGCAAACAGCUAACUAACUUGGGCUUGUAAAUCGCAAUCCAACUUGAAAUAUUUAGUGUUUGAUAGAGAUUUCAAGUUGGUUAAUACUUGGAUAUUCGAGAUUCAAGCUAAAUUAGUGAAUUUGUACUCGAGUUUCCGUCUGAAUUUAGUAACCCAGAAGCAACCUUGAAUUUUAGCUUUCAUGGUGUAAGCCGAGAAUUU